CCUAUAAAAAUUACAUAAACAUCCAUUUAUUAAUAAAUUUAAAUCUUGUUAUAGCGUAGACAAAGAGUCCACCACUAACGAGACUCUUGCCACUGAUCGGCGAAAAAGUUGUAAGGUUAAAAAUGAGGCGGUUUACCCUUCAGACUGAACUGACAUGGUUUAUUUCCUACUAUUUGGUUAAAUGAUUCAUAAAUUUACCAUUUAUCUAAAAGCCCUCCACUAUUAUUUUUCUUUUCGCCUCUCCCCUAAUUCCUUUUCCAAGUGAUUUUUGUGUCACCAAAUCUCUUCAAAAUUUCGGAAGAGAAAUUUCAGUUUCCCGCCAAACGACUCUGCAAAACCUUGAAUAUAUCAAGUAUAAAUUAAUUUCUGAGUCAUAGCGGCGUGCGUCAUUUAUAGCUGCGAAAGUGUUUUUAGAAGAAAGAAUUGAUAUGGAGAAAGGGUUAAUCUCGGUAGAUCGAUGGGCAGAGGGCAGCCAAGCUUACUUCUUAACAAACCUGCACACCGAUCACACCCAAGGUCUGUCUUCCACCUGGGCUAUGGCUCCCAUCUUCUGCUCCCGCGUCACCGCCAAGCUCUUCCCUUUCAAAUUCCCUAAUUUCAAUCUCUCUCUUCUUCGCGUCCUUGAUCUUGGAUCCUGGCACUCUCUCUCCCUCAUUUCGCCUUCCACUGGUUCAAAAGUUACAGUCCAAGUCAUGGCCAUUGACGCUUACCAUUGCCCCGGUGCGGUUAUGUUCUUGUUUCGUGGAGAGUUUGGAUGCAUGCUCAACACUGGAGAUUUCCGAUGGGAGAAAAACUGUGAGAGAGCGAAGUUAGCAAAGGAAAUGCUGCUGAAUGCUCUUAAGGACGAUGCGGUUGAUGUUCUUUACUUGGACAACACGUAUUGUAAUCCUACUUUUCAAUUUCCUACCAGGGAAGUUGCCGCCAAGCAGGUUGCUGACAUCAUUUCUUCCCAUCCAGACCAUGACAUUGUCGUUGGGAUUGACACCUUGGGCAAGGAAGAUCUUUUGCUUCACAUCUCAAAUGCACUUAAUGUAAAGAUUUGGGUCUGGCCAGAGCGCCUCCAAACCAUGCAUAUCCUUGGGUUCCAUGACAUUUUCACAACCGACACAUCUCUUACAAGGGUGCGAGCUAUCCCUCGUUACAGUUUUAGCAUCAACACUUUAGAAGGAUUAAAUAGGAUGCACCCAACUAUAGGAAUCAUACCGUCUGGUCUUCCGUGGGUGGUUAAGCCCUUUGAAGGAAAUGGCAAGCUUUUUGAUUCUCUUUUAACUUCUGGUUACAACAGAAGCAAAGUGAGUUCAGAAGGUGGGAAGCAGAAUGAUAAAAGCAAUGGUAAUUUAGAAUCUGUAAAAAGAUUUCACAAGUACGUAUAUUCAGUCCAAUAUUCUGAUCACUCAAGCUAUCUGGAGAUAGAAGAGUUUAUAAAACUUGUGCAGCCAACUAGCAUGAAAGGCAUCGUAUCUUCAUCAUCUUGUAAUGUUGAUCCUUUUUAUUACUUUGGUCGCAUUUGUGGAAUAAACCAACCUUCCCAAAAGUUGGACAAUGAACAUCAAACGUUUGGAAGAGGUGGUUAUACUGGGAUAGAAAAGAAAAGAAAAAGGGUUGGUCGUUUAGGAUUUUAUUUGAGCAGGGUGACUGUGAUGAGACGAGGUCGGAAAGGUAUAAAGCUUGAUGAAAAUUAGUGUUUUGAUUGACUAAAGGCGACAGUUGACUUCGGCAUCUACUAAGUUGGCAAUGUUGUAAAUGAUGUGGGACUUGUUACUACUAACUGAGAAAUGUGAUGGUCUAGUGGAGAUGCCUUCAGCCACGUACAUAAACAUUGCUGUGCUGCUCAAAAUAGGUAAAAGUAUAUAGAAUAAGCCUUAACUGUUGAACAUUUAUGUUUCCCUUGGCCAUUUUGGUUAGUGUUAGAUGUUAAAUAUUAAAUGUUUCCCUCUAGGGCCGGAAGGAGAUAGAAAUGUUUAUAGUAUAGAAAAUGUUAGAGCGUUAGAUUGAAUUGAAUGAAAAAUUGAGUGUUAAGAGUAUUUUUUGUGUCCCCUUUAGAUGGGAGUGGGUUUGUAACACCUCACACUUGACCUGAUUGUUAGAUCCGUGUAUGGAGCGUCACGAGUCAAAAUUGUUAAAAGCACUAAACUUUUUUUAAAAUUCAACUUUUCGAUUUGACAGGUACCCACUUACCAAAGUGUUGUUUUGUUAAUUUGAAAAUAUGUAUAUAAUUGAAAGCAAAAUUAAAAUGGUA